UUUUUAGAUAUCAUAGCUUCUACAUAUUAUAUACAGUGAACUCUCGCUACUACGAUAUCCGAUACAACAAUAACUCCCUCUAUUACGAUAAUGUUCCGUGGUCCCGCCAAACUUGCAUAUGGAUUAAUGUUAUCUUCCUCUCAAUAUGACGAUAUUCUCUGAAGCAGUAAACCUCUGUAAAACGAUUUUUUUUUUCAAAUUUCAACAUUAUUUUCUAUUUUUUUUUAUUGGUUUUCAAAUAAUGUAAAAUGCCUUUUUGUCAUCUUUUACCAUUUUUUUCAUCUUUUCUGAUAAAAGGGUCACUGCUGGUUAUGAUCUUUCACCCCACUGUUAUUUCUUUGCACAUCAGAGAAUGGCUUUUGUAUUCAAAUUUCAUUCCCCCACUGUUGAGGUACUUAGACCACCCUAAGAGCUUCAUGUUUUAGAAUUGCCUCCCUCAGUUCUUAAGAAAUCACCAUUGUAACAUCAUGAGUCAUAAAUGACCACACACAUCACAGUAACACCUGCGACCCUGAGAAGGUACUGUUUCUGUAGAAGGUGGGUGGAGCACGUUUAUUGAAAUUGAGGAGGAGAAAAAAAUGUAUACUGACCAUUGGUCAUCGUUCAUCACUGUCACUUAAUCCCUGAUUUAAACUACACCUGGUGUUUUCAUGAGCUAGCGCAAAUUCUACGAUCAGAACUUUUCGCAUUUAGUGCUGCUAACAUUUUCAGCUUGGUGAGUCUUCAGUGUAUUGGAUAUUUUUUACUAGUGUAAUGGCAGGGAGAAAGCAACUUUCAUUUCAAGAUAAACUUAACGUUAUUAAAGAUAUUGAUGAUGGAAUGAAACAGAUUGAUGCAGCUAGAAAAUACGGAUUAUCUCAAUCUACAGUUGCAACGUUUCUAAAGAAAAGAAAACAGAUCGAAGAUACUGUAAGUUCAAAUUUAAUUAAUCCAAAGCGUAAACGACUAAAAGUCGCAACUAAUGAAAACAUUGAUGCUGCCGUCUUAAAAUGGUUUCAAGAGAUGAGAGCAACAAAUAUCCCGAUAAAUGGGCCCUUGUUAUGCACACAAGCACGUAAAUUCGCAGUAAUGCUAGGGAACGAAACUUUUAAAGCUAGUAAUGGUUGGCUAAUGCGUUUUCGGGAUCGACAUGGAAUAACUUUCCAGGAAGUUCACGGAGAGAAAAAAUCUGCUCCGAUUAACGAAGCAAAUGAAUGGAAGCAAGAGAAGAUGACAGAUAUUCUUCAAAAGUAUAAACCAGAGAACGUUUAUAACGCAGAUGAAGCUGGGCUGUUUUUUCAACUCCUUCCCGAUCGAACAUUGGCAUUUAAGGGUGAAAAAUGUUACGGCGGAAAAAAAUCAAAGCAGAGAUUGACUGUUCUUCUGUGUGCCAAUAGCACAGGGACACACAAGAUUCAACCUCUUGUUAUCGGCAAAUCAUUGAAGCCGAGGUGUUUCAAGAAUGUGAAAAGUCUUCCCGUGGAAUAUAAAGCCAAUAAAAAAGCUUGGAUGACUUCUAAGUUUUUUUCUGAAUGGUUGUUGAUGUUAGAUAAAGAAAUGAAAAAGAGGAAGAAAAAAAUUGCUUUAUUAAUUGAUAACUGCACCGCUCACACCUCAAUUCCAAAACUACACAACGUCGAAAUUGUUUAUUUCCCGGCCAACUGCACUUCGAUUUUGCAGCCACUCGACAUGGGCAUAAUCAAGUGUUUCAAAGGAUACUACAGGAAGCGUUUGGUUGAAUCGAUACUUGUCAACAUCGAAAAUAAAGUAGAAGAUCCUUUUAAAACUGUGAAUGUCAAGGAAGCAUGUGAUAUUAUUGCUGGUAGUUGGUGGGAGGUAACAGAAAAAACUAUUCAAAAUUGUUGGAAAAAGGCCGGUUUGUGUGUCUUGGAAGAUGAAAUUGUUUCUAAUAGUGAAGAAAAUUCCACAGACAGUGAUCUUUCAGAUAAUCAAGAAUUUGUUUUGAAUCUUCAAAAAUCUUUAUCCCAACUUGAGGAAAAAAUGGGUAAAACAUAUGGUGUUAACGUGGAGGACUAUUUAACUGCCGAUGACGAUCUCACAAUUUUCGCAGGAGUUAGUGAUGAAGAGAUUCUCUCUGAAAUUACGGAUGAAAUGGAAAAUAAUGAUGAGGAAGAAGAUGGUGAUGAUGAUCCAUGUGUAUCACAGUCCGUAUUGUCACCCCAUGAAGCUCUUCAAUCCGUAAAAUCUCUAAAGACAUUUUUCUCAAGUCUUCCAUUCACAAAUGAAAAUCAUUUUCGGGCAUUGGACUCUAUGCAUACUUUGUUGGUUGACUUAACAGUCAGAAAAAUGAAUAAACAAACAAAAAUAUCGGAUUUUUUUCAAUAAAAAUGUUUUUUUAAGGUAAGUUUACAAUCUUAUGUUCUGUAUUUAUAUCCAUUGUUUUUAAUGCUUAACCGUAAUAAACACUUUGCAAAUUAAUUUUUUCGAUAAUAUAUAAAUAUAUUUAUAGUUAAUGAAUAUAUAACAUUAAAUUUCAAAAAAUCUUAUUGCGUCCCAGAAUUAUGUGGGCCCUCGAUAUAACAAUAUAUCCCUCUACAACAAUAUUCUUAUUUGGUCCGCAAAAUAUUGUUGUAGCGAGGUUUUACUGUAUAUAUAAUAUUCAUUCUUG